UCGACUAUUUCAAUUAAUCGAUAUUGAUACCCAACCCCAAUUUUUGCAGGUUAGCUUUUGUGUUCAGUUCAACUAGUUUUUAGUUAAGGUAAAAAUACUGUGAAUUAUCAUUUAUAUUUUCUAUGGAUGUAGAAACAGGUAGUACAAACACAUCCCUAGAUGACAAAACUGAAGAUUUCUGCGAAAACCCAACCCGGGAUACAUUGGCUGAGGGGCUUCUAUGUUUAUUGAAGCCUACAGUUGAUCAACUUGAUGGAAGAGUCAAAGCUACAAGAAUCACUCAAUUAGAACUGAAACAACAAAUUGAUGGUUUAGCUGAGGAACUGAGAAAAAUAUCUGAGGAGCAAGGCAACCCAGUAGAUUUGGAAGCCUACACUAACAAAUUGAUCAAUGCAAGGCAGAAAAUUACUGUCGUCAGCAAUAUUCUACAAGCAGCACAGGAUCGUUUACAGAAAGUAGAAUCGCAAAUUAGUCGGGAAGCAGCUGGAAGACGCUCGUUGUUGGAGCCCUCGCCUUCGGCCUCCACCACAGUACAACUCCAUAAUCACCCUUCUGUCCAAUAAUCGAGCGAUGCCAACCACGACCAAACUUACCACGCCGGAGUGGCGGCUAGCCGACGUGGGUGAAGAUGUUUACGAGCCUAGUGAAGACACGUUUCUGCUGUUGGAUGCUCUUGAAGCCGAACUGCCGUGGCUUCAAGAGAGGCACGCCAGAGAUCAGAACUCAGUGGAUACUGAUUUGGCGUGGACGGAGCGCAAACACGGCAGUGAUCAGAAAACAAAGGAAGCUCAUCUGCCGUGUUUGGCUGGCAGAGAUGAGAACAUAAAGGAAGCUCAUCUGCCGUGUUUGGCUAGCAGAGAUCAUAACACAAAGGAUGCUCGUCUGCCGUGUUUGGCUAGCAGAGAUGAGAACACAAAGGAAGCUCGUCUGCCGUCGUGGAGACACGGAAGCCUGGUGGUUGAACUGGGCAGUGGAGCCGGCCUGGUGAUCACAGCGAUGGCUCAAGCGUUGCAAGGCAGAGCGCACUGUGUGGCCGUCGAUAUCAAUCCUGAAGCCUGCCGAGCCACCAAGGCUACUGCUCAGCUUAAUAAUGCACAGGUGGAGGUGAUCAGAGGUGACUUGCUGGAUUGUUUGCAACCAGGCUGCAUUGAUUUGUUGAUCUUCAAUCCACCCUACGUGGUCACCCAUCCAGACGAGAUCCACCAGGGCGAUGGCAUCAACAGGUCUUAUGCAGGAGGUAUCAGGGGUCGGCAAGUUAUGGACAGGUUAUUUCCGCAGCUGCCACGCCUGAUGGCGCCUCGUUCAUGCGUCUACAUGGUUGUCAUCGACGAGAACGAUCCACAACAAAUUGCAAAAUUGCUCCAAGAUCUUGGCUUCGAAAGCAGUGUUGUGAUGAGCCGUAGAGCCGGCGUUGAACGCUUGUCUGUGAUGAAAUUUGUUAGGUUAUAGUAUGCAACCGGUUUCAAUUUUACAUUCCACACACCACUUUACUUGAAAACUACGCAGCCGAAAAGUUCUGCCUUUCCAUUUUCAUGAAUUGUAUGCAAUCGCUGUAUUACUUCAUAAUCGUUAAUUGAAUAAAAAUUUAAUUGUUUUAUCUGUUA